AUGUCCAUCCCAGACAAGUUCUUCGGACGCUAUCAACUUGACAAAAGCGAGAACUUCGAUGAAUUCCUCUCGUCGAAGGGUGUCAACUGGUUCGUGAGACAAAUGAUCAAGCUGGCGGGAUUAACAAAAGUGAUUUCACAAAAUCAAGAAGUCGGAAAGUACAACAUGGAGAAUCUCACAUCGAAAAAGAACACCAACUACCAAGGAUGGGAGCUUGGAAAGACGUUCGAAGCACCUGGAUUGGACGGAAAUCAACAUCAGGUUCGUAAUUGA